CCUAGCCCGCGGCCGAGAGGCGGAGCCGGGCCCUGCUCCCCCGGCACCGCCGCCCGCAGCCCCCUGCCCUCGACCCCUGGGCCCUCGCGGUUGCCGCGGCGCUCUGGCCGGGCCCCACCCCAGGCGACCCUGCGUGCGAGAGGAGGGAGGCAAGCGCGGCACCGGCAGGUGCAGCAUGGACAAGAGGGACAAGGCCAAGGCAGGGGCCGCCGCGCGGACACCGGCUUCUCGCCCUCCCGGCCUUCCGACUCCCAGGCCUCCAGGGUCUCCUCGGCCCCCUCCCCCAGUAACCAUCGCCACCCUUCGAGUACUGGGCGCGGCGGCGGGGCGAAGGUCCCUGGCGGAGCGAGCCGGGGGCACCGGGGGAGCCGCUCUCCCUGUGACUGCUCCCCGGGUGGUACCAACAAGGAGUGUCGGGACAGGUCCCCGGAGCCCAGCUUCCAGACCCCCAGCGGCUGGGAGAGGGGAGCGGGCUCCUGCCAAGGCCCCCGGCCUGGGCUGUAUCUCUAGCCCCGCGCGUGCCAGUGGGACAGCCAGGUCGGGGCCUCCUAGUCAGAAGGGGCUGCGGCCCCCGGCUGAGGAGCCUGUGGCCAGAGGAAAAGCCGCAGAGGUGCCCAGAAAAAGCGGCCUGAGCGCAGCGGCACGGAGAGACUCUUCCGGACUUGCCCCAAGUGUCCCCUCCCCGACCAUCGCCCGCCGUAACCGGGUUGUGGGCGCCGAGGUGGGGAUCCCCCGGGCAGCUCCGAGUGUUCGGACUCGGCCCGCGACGGAGGCCCCCAGGAGAUCAGUGAGCAGCGCAGCAGAGCCAAGCCCCGCCACCAGGAGGCUGCCCAGCGCCGGUGGGGCUCUGCAGAGGCCAGCCUCGCGCUCCCUGGUCUCCAGCGCCACCCCUCUGUCCUCCCCAGGCCGCUCGGAGGCCUCGCCCCGUGGGGCAGUCCGAGCUCCUACGCAUCCCUCCCAGCCCAAGACCAAAGGGCAGUCGUCUCUGCGCCCUCCGCAGGCCACACCCCCAAGGAAGGCCGCAGUUUCUCCUCCUUUGGCUGCACCCUCUCUACUGGGUCCCACUGCACAGAUGGCACCGCCUCCCCAGAGCUCAGCCCCUCGGCUGCCGGCCACGCCCCCUCCGUCACCACCAACCACGCCCCCGCCGCCCGCCAAACCCCGUCUUCAGGCCACGCCCCCACCGCUUACUGGUCAACUAGCCACGUCCCUUCCACUAGCCCCGCCUUCUCCCCCUGCUAAACUCCCUCCGCAGGCCGUCCCCUCUCCGCCGGCCACGCCCCCUUUGCUAUCUGCGCCUUCCUGUCAGGGUACAGCUUUUCCGGAGGCAUUCGCCUCUUCCCUGGCCACGCCCAGCGUUCUCUUUCCAAUCUCUCCAUCCCCUCCGAAGGGUAUGCCACCUACCCAGACUCCUUUAGCUGUGUCCCCUCUUCCGACUCUUUUCUCUCCCUUGGCCACACUUUCUUCACGGGCUCUAACUCCACCAGCCACGCCCCCUCCCGGUCCCGCAACAUCUCUGCUGAACUGGCCCUAUCCCCUAGCCACACCCCACCUCUCUUUAGAUCUGACCACGCCCCCUCGUCAAGCCCCUCCUCUGUCUCCGCCCGCCUUCCAGGCCACGCCCUGGACCACGCAGGACCCUGCUUCUCUGACCACAUCCCCUCUGCUGGCCUCCUCAUCUCUGACUACACUGCCUCCGUGGCCACCCAGUCCCUUAUCCUCUACCUCUCCCCUGGCCACACCCCUUCAGGCUCCACGUUCUCUGGCCUCACCGUCUCUUCAAGCCCCUCCCUCUCCUAUCUUCCUCCCUCUACAGACCCCAUCCUCUCUCCCUGCCUUACCCCUUCUGCAGGCCCCGCCCUCUCCCCCUGCUUCACCCCCUCUGCAGGUUCCUCUCUCUUCUAUGGCCUCACCCCCUUUGCAGGCCCCUUCCUCUCCCCCCACCUCACCCCCUCUGCAGGGCCGUCCCUCUCCUGUUUCACCCCCUCUACAGGCCCCAAUUUCUCCCCAUGCCUCUCUCCUUCCUCGGGCCUCGUCCUCUCUCCCUGUCUCACCCCUCCUGCAGGCCCUGCCCUCUCCUGUCUUGCCCCCUCUACAGGCCCCAUCCUCUCCCCCUGCUUCACCCGUCCUUCAGGACCCUCCCUCUCCCCCUUUCUCACCCCUUCUGCAGGCUCCGCCCUCUCCCCCUUCCUCACCACUCCUGCAGGCUCCGCCCUCUCCCCCUGCUUCACCCCUUCUGCAGGCCCGUCCCUCUCCCCCUGAUUCACCCCUCCUUCAGGUCCCACCCUCUCCCCCUUCCUCACCUCUUCUGCAGGCCCCUCCCUCUCCCCCUGCUUCACCCCUCCUUCAGGCCCCACCCUCUCCCCCGUCCUCUCCCCCUUCCUCACCCCUUCUGCAGGCUCCGCCCUCUCCCCCUGCCACACCCCCUCUGCAGGCUCCACGCCGCCCGCCUACCCCAGGUCCCGAUUCCCCGCUCCCGGGCCCACGACUGACCCUGACGCUGGCCCCAGGCCCGCCCCCUCCGCCCUCGCGCAGCCCCUCUAGCACUCUGAGCGGCCCGGACCUGGCAGGCCACAGCAGCAGCGCCACAAGCACGCCCGAGGAAUUGCGCGGCUACGACAGCGGGCCCGAGGGCGGUGCCCUGGCCUCCCCGCCCGCCGACGCGGACCUCGCCGCCUGCCACCCGGCCGCCUGGAGCCGAGGCCCGGCUCAGCCGCUGGCGGGCCGCGGCGCCCCAGGAGCGCCUCUGCCGUGGCCUCCCGCUGCCGUGUCGGGCUCCGCCGACGGGCUCUGCACCAUCUACGAGGCGGAAGGGCCCGAAUCGGGGCCUCCCGCUCAAAGCCCGCUGGAUCCAGGUUCCGGACCCUGCGCGGGCCCUGGGAAGCCGGCGGCUGUGGCUGUGGCGGGGGCCAGCCCGCGGGGCGCGAAGCCGGCGCGCCUGGGCGAGCUGCCGCUGGGGGCGCUGCAGGCGAGCGUCGUGCAGCACCUGCUGAGCCGCACUCUGCUGCUGGCGGCCGCCGAGGGUGCUGCGGGCGGCAGCGGCGGUGGUUCCGGGGCUGCGGAUGGAGGUAGCGUUGCGGGCGGCGGCCGGGCUGCGCUCAGCGACGCCGAACUUGGCCGCUGGGCAGAGCUGCUGUCUCCACUAGACGAGUCCCGGGCCAGCAUCACCUCGGUCACCAGCUUCUCCCCGGAUGACGUGGCUUCCCCGCAGGGCGACUGGACCGUUGUCGAGGUGGAGACCUUCCACUGAACCAGACUCAGACCCAGCCCACCCCAGCCCACCCCCGCCUUAGGACUGGCCCCCUGGUUACGCUCCUUCGAUUUAGACCCUGCCAUCUCCCGUAGGGCCCUGCUUGGAUGCCAUUGACCAAAGCCUCUAGAUAACCAGUCUUUGGCCCAGGCUCCACCCCCACCGAGGCUUGGGACCCAGCCACAUACUUCCCCCCCAAGUCCCGCCCCUUUGGCUUAGGACACACUCCCGAUCCCCUCGAGCCCCGCCCCGCAGCCCCGCGUAUUGUCUAUCGUGCCACCGGAGUUUGAAAUAAAGCCCGGACACUGGCGCCUGCGCCGUCGCCGUCGCCGCGGGGGAGCCGGGACUGAGGGGCUCACCUAGGCAGACUAGUCCGGGCCGCCGGAUAGCUUGAGGGGCCGGCCACGCAGUGCUGGCGGCUGAACAUUGAGAACAGGUUGGAGCUCAGGCUGAAAGCCUGUCCGCACAUCUCGCAGCUGCGCACCCACCCGUGUCCAUGAACGUGCGCUUCUUCAUGGCUGACUUCUAGUGGAAACUGGAAACUGGGCGCAGAAGGGGCCCCAGUGGGUCCGCGAGCCGAGGGAAUAAGCCGGUGUGUGGCCAGCGUGGACGAACGACUGGAGCUCUUCCCACGGUCGGCGCUGGGGAACUGGCGAUCAUAGGCGGAGAGGCCCGCUGGCGUCGGGGCGGUACCGGUGGCUCUCUUCCUGCAGCGCCUAGCCACAGUAUGCGCCUCCUUACCUUGCACACCCUGGGACGAUGCUCUGGGAGUGCGAGAGGCUGCGGACCUGGACCUUGUUCGGGGGAGGCAGAGGCCCUGUGCACCUGUGCAGGAGGAGAGAGACGGAGGGAUCAGCUGCGGCCGUCAGUGCCUUCUGCUCUCCCGAGCCCUCCUCACCCUGGGCUCACCAAGGAGGCUGCGGUGCAGAAGGCCAGGCUGGCAGUUGGUCCUGGGGCUUCUCCAGAAGAUUCUCUGCGGGGAUAGGGGUACCUCGGGCCAGAUUCCACCAGGGAUUCUACCCGGGGAGGGGUCUGCAGGGAAGAAGCAGUCUCUCCCAAGGCUUCAGGGGAGACUUUGCCAAUCACCCUGUCCUCCCUCUCCAUGCACCUUUGCCUGUGCCCCACCAACAGGGGACCAUGGGAGGUUCUGACCCCUCGCCCUCCAUCCCUGCCCUGUCCCAUCUCAGGUGUCAGUCCAGGCACCCCACCCAAUGUCCUCAUCUGUCUUCCCCACAUCAGAAUCCCUUGCCCUUCCUCCCCUAGCCUGGACACACUUAGCCCUGAGCCCCUCAAAUCCUAGUCCAGUCCCACACUCUUCCCAGGUGCCCCUGCAAGAAACUCACCCUGGGGCCUUUCCUCCCCAAGGGUCUCCUGUUUCACACCAAGAAUGAUGGGGGCAUGGUGGGGGGGAGGAGGUGGCACUACUCCCAAAGAGAGUCAAAGCAUAGAGCAGGACCUCUGCCCUGUCUCUGCCCCUAGACCCAGUCUCUAUAGUCCACUAUCUGUGAGGCCCAAAAGUAAGGGCUGACCUCUGAUAUGCCAGGCAGCCAGAGCCUCGAGGCCAGGCAACAGUCCCAUGAUGGAGCAGGGCAGAGCCUUCCUCAGAAGGCCAUUCCAUCCUGGGAGCCAGCUGGGGUGGAAUUACCCUGUGGGAGCCUCAACAUGAAUCCAUUUGAUGGGAAUAGUGCAUGUGCCUGAAGGAGCUACAAGUUUGACGGGACAAUCUGUAGAACUUUGCUGUCCUCAUUGAUAACCAGGGUGGUGCUCUUCUGCUUGGCAGGUAUCAAGCAUUGGGGGAGGGAGCCCUGUGUGAACCCAUGGAGGAUAGGGCUUGGGCUUCAACUGCCUGGACCCAAUCAAGUUCCCGUCCCUAGGAAGCCUUUACCAUCUCUGGUUCUGUACCCCUCACAUCAAGCCAGGGCUCCAUCUCAACUGGGUGCUCCAUGGAAAUCCCACUCUGGAUUCUGCUUCUGUGGGCCCGAGGGGGCCCUCACUCACUGCUCCCACCCGACUGGUCUCUGCACCACCUUCCUUACUAACCCCCAUACACUGUAGUCCAUCUGACGGUGCCUGCCUCGCCCAAGCCCUCCACUGGCUCCCCCUUGCCUUCGGUUGAAAAUGCAAACUCUGUCACUCUUGACUUGAGCAGUCCCUUCAAGGUCUGGCCUCACUCCUCUCCCCUGUUCCUCCUUCACAGGUAUCAUGUGCCUCUUGCUGGUACCUGCUAUGUCGAGGCUUUAUGCUUUUGCCCUUGGCAACUCAACUGUGACUUCCUCCAGGAAGUCUUGCCUGAUCUCUCUGCACAUUUGUCUUUCGGGCCCUUAUCCCACUGUAGUGACAGGCUCAGCUGCCCGCCGGACGGUCUGUCUCCAUUACACGGGGGACCGACCCUUAGAGCAAAGCACAGGCGGGGCUCCUGGAGGCCUUGAGAAGUGUAGGCUGAAUGGGGGAAUGCAGCAAGAUCCUUUGUCUUCCCAUACCCCGGCAAGUCUGCAUUCCUCCGUGUCCCUCAUGGGAGGGUUCCAGCAGAGCCACCCAGGUGGGAAAUCACCACCUCUACCACCCUCCCUCUGCUCCCCAGCCCUCACCAUCUCCAGAGUCAUCCUUCGUGAGCCUGACUUCCGAGGCCCUCCAUGACCUGACUCCCCCCACUACCCCACACCUUUGCUGACCCCAUACUACAGAAGACCCUCCUCUCCUCACCCUCACCCCACAUCCUGACCCAGGCUGCUGGCCAACCACGACCUCUGCCCCCAAAUCUCUCAUACUGUGGAAAGCUCCCUGAUUGUUCCCCAACUUCCCCAGAUCCCAACACUACUUGGCUGGACAGUGGGCUGGGAACCAGCAACUGCUUCUGAUGCCCCCACCCCCAGCCUGUGCCCACUCAGCAUCCCU